CUCAAGACGUCUUGACCUGCAUCUUGUCGCUGUGCGCGUUUCGAUCCCUCCAUCUUGAGGUGAAGGCGCUUGUGACAGAGAGCGGGAUGCGCAGAUGGAGUCCGUCAAACGGGAACGCAGACUCAGCCUCUGGGACGGCACCAGCUCUGGGGCGAUGGGCGACAGGGAAGGCGUCGAUUGCAGUCCCGAUCUGAGCAUCGUCAAAGUGGAGAGGCCGGAGGAGAGAGGAGACGCGGAGACCGCAGACCGGAACUUCAUCGAGGUGGAACUCGAGGAGGAGGAGGAGGGGGGGGCCAUGGGUCAUGGCGGCGACGACGGCGGGCGGCGCUGCCGGGGCUGCGGCGAGGACCGCGGCGAGGACGCGAGCGCCGACCCGGCACGUCGCGGGUGCGCGCGGUGCGGCGAGCGGCUCGGAGAUUCGGGCGGCGGCGCCGGCGGCGGCGGCACCGCCGGCGCCGAGAGGGCGCACGAGUGCGGCGAGUGCGGCAAGGCGUUCUCGAGCAACUUCAGCCUGGCGCGGCACGCCAUCACGCACACGGGGGAGCAGCCUCACGCGUGCCCCGAGUGCGGCAAGAGCUUCUCCUACCGCUACAGCCUGGCGGUGCACGCGCGCACCCACACGGGCGAGCGGCCGCACGCCUGCGCCGACUGCGGCAAGGCGUUCGCCGAGCGCUCCGGCCUGGAGGUUCACUCGCGGACCCACACGGGCGAGCGGCCUCACGCGUGCCCCGAGUGCGGCCGGGCGUUCUCCCACCGCAGCAACCUCAAGAAGCACCGGCGGUCGCACACGGGGGAGCGGCCCUACGCCUGCGAGCAGUGCGGCAAGCGCUUCGCCAAGAGCUCCGUGCUGCAGAUGCACUACCGGACGCACUCGGGCGAGCGGCCGCACGUCUGCGCCGAGUGCGGCCGGGGAUUCACGCAGAGCUACGACCUGGUGGAGCACCGGCGCACGCACACGGGCGAGAGGCCGCACGCCUGCGACGAGUGCGGCAAGCGCUUCUCCCGCCGGGAGUACCUCAAGGUGCACCGGCGCACGCACACGGGCGAGAAGCCGUACGUCUGCGCCGACUGCGGCAAACGCUUCUCCCGCCGGGAGUACCUCAAGGUGCACACCAGGAAGCACGCGGGAGAGGGGGCGCCGGGAGCGCCGGCGCUGGGAGCGGCCAUCGAAGCCGGCCGCGAGUGAACGCCAAAACACGCCGCCGGCAAUGGCGGGGUAGAAGUUGGCGAUCGCUACGCGUGGCUGUGUGUGUGGUGAUGCCACCGCCGCUUAGUGGUGGAACGGCGGUUGUUGUUGUUGUUGUUGUGUGGGGAGCGGUGG